UAAAAAGUCAAGGAAAACCUGGGACUUUCAGGGAAAAGUUUUUAAAUCACCCAGUUUUGCUGCCUAGAUUGGCUUUAAAAUUUCAAAUUAAGUCUUUUCAGCCAUCUAGCAUGUAUUGACAGUGAAACUACCAGGCCACAUAUCUCGGUUUACAACGUUGCAGACUACCUGCCAUACUUUAUCUUUUUAAUGGAAAACUACUCAACCUCAAUCCUCGAAAACCUCUGCAGUUUUUCUUCUCUGUGCGAAGAAAACUCUAUGAAAAUUUCAAGGAAUGAUGUUGGUCUGUUCCCCUUCAAAUAAAUAAAAUGUGAGCAGAGAUUUUUAAACACCGCAAACAAGAUACGCAGUCUGGUACUUUCACCGUCGAUAUCCUCUAGUGUCAGGUAAUUUUAUAAUUUGUCAGGGAAAUCAGAGAAUUUGAUUUUGUAAAUUCUGUGGCAUCCCUGUGAAAUGAAUCGAUUCCUUUCAAAAGGUGUGAGCUUCAAAGGUAUUGCUUUGGUUCAAAAUUUUAUGCAACAUUCCAUUCAAUCUGCCGUGACUCGGGAAACAUAUAUGUCUGGAAAUUUGUGUUGGUUUUACUAACAGUAAGAAAAAAACUUGUUGAAGACUUUUCAACAUUCAUACUCUCUGAUCUCAGGUGUAUUUUGGGCAGUUCUGAAACAUAAAAGCAAUAAAAUGACGUAAACCCAUUUUCAACUAACCCAUUAAUUCUGAAAGUGAUGUCAAUAUACAUCUAAAUAUUUCAAGAAACUCUCCAAGCAUUAAAAGUUUCGAAAAAAAACUAAUUAAAAAUGAUCAAAGCACCAUUUUCACAGUAAAUACUGUGUACAGAAAAUUCAAUUCUUAACAACUUGUAUUCAUGAUCACAACAGCACAAGCAAACAACUUGCAAGUUGCAAAUGGCAAGUAUACUGCAGCAAGUCAGGUUUGCACACGCGAUGAAAUCCAAAAUAGAUAAACAAAAAUUUUCCGAACUGACCAGUGUUCCACAUCUUUUCGUUUCACCACAUCGAAGUGCCUUCAAUUGAUCAAUUAUGCAAUUUGCCAUGCUCCAAGGGUUCAUUGCACUGUUAUCGUUGCCAUGGUUACCGGUGCUAUGUUUAGAUACAGUGUUUGGGGUUAUGUUUUCAUUGAGACGCUGUGUGUUUUUGCUGUGUUUUCUCGAAUUAUUUGCAACUGAAUCGUAAUUUUGCAGGAUUUUUUUCAUAAAAUUGGUAAACUCAUGGCAGUAAGAACUUUAAACUUCAAACUCUAAUGUUUGUGUGAUCAAUAUCUAAUAUCUACAGUAUCAUUCCUGUACAGAGUUUCUGUCAUAAUGCAAUCUUCCCUCGCGCUCGAAGUUUUAAUGUAUCUGAACUCUUACUAUUUUGGUAUGUUUGCUCUCUGUGAAGUGAUGUGCGGCAUAUUCAAAGUUAUCCACUUGCCCUACUCGACGGGAACAAUUUUCAUGGAGUUCUUCCUGCUUUUAUUUCUCAGCUGUGUUGAGGGUCUGAGAUUAUUUUUUGCUCACAAAGGCAACUUAACGGAAAAAUGCAGCACUCUUUUCUUCUCAGUCAUUCUUUUGGUGCCAUCCACCUUUGGAGUCUUGUACUUCCUCUACUGGCAAACCUAUAUCUUGCGUUUGGAAGUUAUGUUGUGUUACAUUCAGUUAUGUCUCUUAGCAGUGGAGUUCAUACUGUCUCUUGUAAGUUUAAGUUCCUUUUUUAAAAACAUUAGCUUUUCUGAUUAAUUUUCAAGAAUCUAGUCAUGUCACUGCUACCCUCUUUCCAGUGUCAAGUUUCAUAUAAAAAACAUGGAGAAAAAAAAGAGGCAUUUGCAUUUCGGGCAUCUUGGCAAGAAAAGGCAGCAGUGGAAAAAGUGCCAUUCGACUGAUCAUUUCACGCAAUCUGAAAUUUUUUCCCGACUCACUUCUGAAAAAUUCCCUCACUCUCCCAAAUUUUUCAAAGUGAUCACCAUUUGUUUUCCUCUUCAGUUAGUAAAUUUCCAUUGUAAACCAUCCAAAGUAAACUACAGCAGGUUCAGUUUU